AUGGACACGCAAGACCACGAGGAUGUCAGUAUUUACCAGGUGAAGUUUACCUGUUCUUUACAUGAAGAUGGCAGCACUGGUGAUUAUGACGUGCAUGGAAUUGAUGGAAAUGAUCUUCUGGUCUAUGAUAAGGAGAAAUCAACAUAUAUUCCUCUAAUGCAAAAGGCUCAGACUAUAAUAAAGUGGUUUGACAGGGUCAAGGUCAAUCCCCAAAUUUAUAGAAAUUCAAUUAAACAAAACUGUUUUUCUGUGUUAAACAAAGGCUUAAACAAUAGAAAGAGGGAGCUUGAAAAAAAAGUUCCCCCACAGGUAAAGGUUUCAGAAAGCCCUUCUGACAAGAUCACAAAGCUUCACUGCUUCGUGUUUGGGUUUUACCCCCAAGCUGUGGAAGUGAAAUGGGUAAAGAACAAAACUUUUGAGGUUUACUCAGCGGACGUUAAACAGGUCCUCCCCAAUCCUGAUGGAAACUAUCAACUCAUGGUCACUGUAAAGGUGAUAGCUGAGGACAGGUACAAUUACUCCUGUCAUGUGGAUCACAGCAGCCUGAAUAAGACCAUAAUCAUACAGUUAGGUGAGUCUCUUCAUUUGAAUUGA